AUGGCUCCCCGAGGUUUCGAGGACGAGGAGCUUACCAUUUCCCUAUCCUCCUCCCACGUUCGUCGCCCUCAACAGCAGCAGCAGCAGCAACAGUCACAGCAGCAGCACGCUUCUAAUGAUGCCCCUGCACCCGGUUCCCGCCCCGCUGAUGCGCCGCUCAAGGAGAGGAUCAAGACAGAACAGCGCAUCGGCGCCUACAAGGUCCUGCGAACUCUAGGCGAAGGCUCCUUUGGAAAGGUCAAGCUCGCUAUUCACAAUGGAACCGGCCAGCAGGUUGCCCUCAAAAUCAUCGCCAGAAAGAAGCUUAUCAGCCGCGAUAUGGCUGGGCGUGUUGAGCGUGAGAUCGAAUACUUACAACUCCUACGCCAUCCUCAUAUCAUCAAACUAUUCACCGUUAUCAAGACACCCAAUGAAAUAAUCAUGGUCCUCGAAUAUGCUGGCGGCGAGCUCUUCGACUACAUUGUUCAGCAUGGCCGCAUGAAGGAACCUGAAGCUCGCCGUUUCUUUCAGCAGAUGCUUUGUGCCGUCGAAUAUUGUCAUCGACACAAAAUCGUUCACCGUGACUUAAAGCCCGAGAAUUUGCUACUCGACGAAAACCUCAACGUCAAAAUCGCCGAUUUCGGCCUAAGCAAUAUUAUGACCGACGGUAACUUUCUCAAGACCAGCUGUGGCAGUCCCAAUUAUGCUGCUCCUGAAGUCAUUGGUGGCAAGUUGUAUGCUGGUCCCGAAGUCGAUGUGUGGAGCUGCGGUGUUAUUCUUUAUGUUCUUUUGGUUGGUCGACUUCCCUUCGACGAUGAACACAUUCCCAGUUUGUUUGCCAAGAUUGCAAAGGGCACAUACAGCAUACCGCAAUGGAUGCCUACUGGCGCUGCAAACCUCAUCAAGAAGAUGCUGGUGGUGAACCCCGUGCAUCGUGCUACAAUUGAGGAUAUCCGAGCCGAUCCCUGGUUCACCACCGAUCUGCCCGCUUACCUUCAACUUCCCGUUGAAGAAUUCUUCAACACUGGUGUUGAUCCAAACAAAGCCAUUAAGAAGAACGACAUCGCGCCUAAUGCUUCAGAAAAGGUUCAAGAGAGAUUGCAUAAUGAGGUCACUGAAAAGAUCAGUAAGACUAUGGGUUAUGGUAAGAGUGAUGUAGAGGAGGCGCUGCAGGCUGCCGAACCGUCGGCAAUCAAGGACGCCUACAUGAUUGUAAGGGAAAACAAGAUGAUGCAAGUGAACCAUAAUCCUGAAGCCCUUCUAGCAGAGCCCGAGGGAUCAAGCCCCAUGCUAAGCAUGUCUUCUGCCCGCUCAACGACUUCUCAAGCUACCACCACCCCUCGCCCAUACGUUAGUAAGGUCGGUAUCUUGCCUUCAAGUUUACCAGCUUACCACAAGGACUAUAUGGAGCGGGAGAAGGCUGGUAGCGUCGAAAACUCACCACCUAAAGUGCUCAUCAACGAUGAACCCCCCAGCAACAGGACAGAUGCUGAAAAGGAAGAGACGGCGCGCCGUUUACGGCCCCAUUCGAGAAGCCAAUUGCGAAUGGACGAAGCCAACACAAGGCCUCAAGGGAUGACCCCUAUUAACCCCCCUAAAAAGAAUAAGCCAGUCCGUUGGCAGUUCGGCAUCCGAUCACGUAAUUCGCCAUGGGAAGCCCUUCUGUGCAUCCACAAGGCACUUCAUAAAUUGGGCGCGACAUACAUCCCUGAUGAAGAUUAUGAAACAAGAACUGCAGAGGAGCGAGCUGAAGCUUCUGGUGAAGGUAGCUUUGCGGAUUCCCACGAUAAUGACCGGGGCUCAAGUUCAAGUAUCGAUCCUAAGAAACGUUACAAUCUUCCCGCAGAUCCUUGGCACAUCAAUGUGCGCUGGGAUACUUCCGCCAUCAAGAAGAAGGCGGCCAGCGUUCCUGGCACUCCCAGCUCGCCGAGCACACCAGAGGGUCAACAUCACCCCAAAGAGCCUUUCGUUGCGUUACAUAUGGACAUACAAAUUUACGAAAUGGAACAUGGUGUGUACUUGGUCGACUUCAAGUGCUCUGGAUACGAGACAGCCCAUGGCCGACUGCUCGAGGAGAAAGAUGUCACCAGUCCCUUUCCCUUCCUGGACAUGGCCGCCAAAUUGAUCAUGCAACUGGCCGAGGCUGAUUGA